CGUUUCUUUGGAAACCAGCGUCGCCCAUCAUUUACCAUUACCUUUUUAAAUACCUUCGUUUCGAUUCCAUCACACACCCUCAGUCCAUCCUGUCGAGCGCUCCAAAGUCACCUCUCGCUCUCUCUUCCGUUCUCGAAAGAACGAAAGGAUCGAGGCAACAAUUCAAGCGUUCAUAAGAUUUAAAAGAUAAACAAGAACAUCGUAAAGAAAGAUAGAGAAAACGUUGAUUCGGGCUGGCCCAAUUUACUCUUCUCUUCUUCCUUUCUUCUUGAUAGGAUUCGCAUCAGUGCUUGGGAUACAUUUUUUUGAGGCUGGCUCCUCUCACAACCAUCUGGAAUAGCGCCCUAUUUCCAACCCUUUUUGACAAUCGUUUUCUCUUCUCCAUUUUCGUUUCUUCUCCUAUUGCGUGGCUGGAGCCCAUCGAUUGCAUCGUUGUCCCGUGUAGUUUUGACUACCCCACAAGACGAGAUAGGUUGACUCGCAAAUGGCGAUGUAUUCGCAGCAUGGCGCUUCGAUGGCACCACCACAGAAACCAGAAACCUUCAUGCUUUCCAAUGAAGCUCAACAAAGUCUCCCCCAAGAUGCACAGGUUGCCCUCCAACAGGUCGAUAAUUUAAAAUACUUCCUCAUAUCUGCUCCGGUUGAUUGGACCCCAGAUCAACUCAUCAGACGAUUCCUACUCCCAACAGGCGACUAUGUCUCCUGUGUUUUAUGGAAUAACCUUUUCCAUAUCUCGGGAACGGACAUCGUGCGAUGCUUAUCCUUUCGAUUCCAGGCCUUUGGCCGCCCGGUUAAAAACACCAAGAAGUUCGAAGAGGGCAUUUUCUCUGAUCUUCGCAACCUCAAAUCCGGGACUGAUGCGUCCCUCGAGGAACCGAAGAGCGCCUUUUUAGACUUCCUUUAUAAGAAUAACUGUAUUCGAACGCAGAAAAAGCAAAAGGUGUUCUACUGGUACAGUGUACCUCACGAUCGGCUCUUCCUUGACGCAUUGGAGCGGGAUUUGAAGCGUGAAAAGAUGGGUCAGGAAGCAACUACUGUGGCGGUCAAUGAGCCUGCCCUGUCCUUCGAAUUCGAUUCAUCACAGUCUCUCUUUGAGCAACUCACAAAGGCCCAACAAGCGAAUUCGUCUUCUUUCUCUGCCCACGCCAGCACAACCUUCUCUCAUUCUACUUCUCCUAUGGGUAGAGCCACCGAUUCUAUGCCACCACCCCAACUUCCCCCAUCAAUGCCAGUUCUUCAAGAGGACACCAGCAACCAGGGUAUGUACAAUUCAGUGGGGAUGCCCAAUAACUCGAUGAACAACGGUAUGAGCAAAUCCGAACAGGACAUGAGUCAUUUUAACUACGAUCGAAACGGCACACCAGUCUCGAGAAUUCACCAGCGCCAUACUUCCAUGCCGACGUUUAUGGAGUAUUCACCGGCCCCGUCGUUCGUUUCAUCACACUAUGAUGAGUUUGGUCCUCGAGGUAUAUCCUUCGAACCAAUUACACCGCCACAGCAUGCACUUCAUCUUGGCCAGGAGCCUGCAUACAUUGCCAAUGAAGACACUAGCUUGUAUAUGGGCGUCCCCGAUCUUGGGAACUCGACAGACUUCACACCCACUAUGCAACUUCCGCCGUCCAAUCUUGCAGGACCGCAGUUUUCUACAGCAACCCGAACAUUCCCAACCACCAAUGUAUACUCUGUCAUUGAGGGGUCCCCAACCUACAAACAACGGAGACGACGGUCAUCGAUCUCUUCCAGUAUCACUAAUGCCAUUGCAGCGGCAACGGGACAUGCCCAGCAACAUUCUAACCCGUCCCACGGCCACUCCCAUGCCCAUGCCUAUUCUGUGACCCAACCAAGUGAGCUUCGCCGUUCCAUGUCCAGCUCUGUCCCGGCAGUUAUGGAAGGGGAGGAGUCAAACGGCGACUCGCCGCCAGGCCUAACCAAUAGUUUCACGUCUACCGUUGUGAACCAAAAGGAUCUGCUGCAUGAAAUAUCUCGCACGGGUACUCCACUGCCAAGUUUGGAGGAAAGCCCCCGCGAGCACCAGGUGUCUAUGAUCCAAGGCCCCGAUGAGCUGUCAUCGUUACCUAGCGGCGACCAACUUGGUAAGUCUGUUGCCGCGAACUCAGCCAAUUGGAAGACGGAUCGGCCAGGCCCCGUUCGUCGCGCCCGCAGUGCUACCAUGAUGGAGCUUGGCCCUUAUCCUCAGAAAUCACAUUCAUGCCCCAUCCCGUCAUGUGGUAGGUUGUUCAAGAGACUCGAGCAUCUGAAACGACACGUAAGGACCCACACUCAAGAACGCCCCUACCCGUGCCCAUACUGCAACAGGGCCUUUUCACGGUCGGACAAUCUUGCCCAACACCGCCGUACCCAUGAAACCCAGCAAAACGGGCAACAGGUUGUGGCUAGCGACUCGGAUGAGGAUCGCGAGCAAGAGGAGCACGAGCCUGCCGGGUCUUCGCCAACCUCUUCAUCCGACCCGCACAACCACAGCCACACCAUCCACAGUAACAAUACCAAUCGUCAGCACCGUAGCAGCAGCAACAACAACAACCACAACAACCACAACAACGGCAACAAUAACUACAUGGCGACCGGCAUAGUCAACAUGGCCAAUGUAACCUCCCUGCCGUCGUCUAUGGUCAUGCAAUCUGGCUUACCCACUAUGGUAACGCCACAGAUGAUAGCUAGAAGUGGGUUAGUUUAA